CAACAGACUCCUCUCAUCCCCACACAAUUGAAAACCAGUUGAAUUGAAACACUAGAACGUUUGGAUUGAAUUACAUCCACCCCUGUUAAUGUUGUAAUCUUAAGUGUUGCUAAGGGCUCAUGUUCUGAACACUACUUUUCUUGCUAGGGAUGAUAUUUCAGGAGAUUGUGGAACCUUUAGGAUGCGGGACUUGACUGACAAAGUAGAACACUAGGGGUGGACCUUUGCAAGCUCUACCUGGCCUCUAGUUCUAGAUUUAUUCUCUGCCUUCAGGUCAACCUCUCCCACUGCAUCACAGCAAUGAACUCAGCUGCUCAGCUGUGCCUUUCCACCAUGAUAGACCACAACUGUAACCCUGAAGCUGCUCCUUGCAAGUACUGUUGCCACAACAAAGCAAAGCUAACUAAUACAAUCAACAAAAUAUGUUCAAUUCUUAACUCCCAAAACCUUCUUUAGAAAUAGGGUCUUUGGGAAGAAACAGUGAGAACGACCCCUGGACGGGCCAAACCCGUGCACCAUACUGCUGCAUCCCCACGUUCAGCUCCGACGUCCCCCGCCGCCGCCGCCAUGCCCAAGAGAAAGGCUGAACAGGAUACUAAAGGAGAUAAGGCCAAGAUGAAGGAUGAGCCACAGAGAAGAUCUGCAAGGUUGUCUGCUAAACCUGCUCCUCCAAAGCCAGAGUCCAAGCCUAAAAAGGGCCCUGCAAAGAAGGGGGAGAAGGCCCCCAAGGGGAAGAAGGGGAAGGCCGAUGCUGGGAAGGAUGCGAAUAAUCCUGCAGAAAACGGAGACGCCGAAACAGACCGGGCACAGAAAGCUGACGGUGCUGGAGAUGCCAAGUGAAACGUGUGCGUUGUUGAUAACUGUGUACUUCUGGUGACCUCACAGUUUGAAAUACUAUUUUUACCAAGUUUUAUAGAAAUGCAGAAUUUUGUUUUACUUUUUUUUUUUAAGCUAUGUUGUUAGCACACAGAACACUUCAUUGUUUUUUGGGGGAAGGAACCUGUGUCACUAACGAAAUGUCUCCCAAGCUGGACUGAUGAUGGCUGAUGUGGGAAAACAUCUUUCCAUAACUUUGAAAGACUCCUCUUGGCUCUCAGGAGAAACAUCCUGGUGUUGACAUACAUGGCCACCAUGGCACAAAAUGCUUUGUGUGUGGAGAAACUCUAAAUUCAUUUUCAUACCCCUUCUCCUGCACCAACAACAUAGAUGUAACUCCUUUAAAACCAGAGACCUGUUGGAACCCCACCCGCAAAAUUGGUUUUGCUGGUCUAUCAGGCAAUCUGGACUUUGCAGUGAUAUCAUUGAGAAUCCUCAAAAGAGCAGCGGUUCCUUUUAUAAAAGAUUGUGGAUCUUCAUGAUGAUCCUGCCGUGUUCAUUUCAUUUCCUGAAAGUCAGGGUCAGCUUGGGAAAAGUUGUUAAACAACAUCCUCAGUGUGAGCUGUCAGCCCUCACUCUAAGCUCUCCCCCAUGUUCAAAGCAUCGAAUGAAGACUCAUUGGGUUUUAUAGUGGCUUUCUGAUUUUGGUAGUCUAUACAAGAAGGGAGUUUGGAAGUUCUUGUAUACUGUUAAUGACUGUCUGCCCAUGUCCUGCCUGAAAAACCAUGAGUGUUUAUGGAAAAUAUCUUUUAAAAAGCUGAGUACAGUUUGGCUUAUGAAAAAAGAAAUAGGGUCUUUGGCACUAGGAAUAUAGCUCACUGGUAGAGUGCUUCUUUAGCAUGCUCAGACCCUAAAUCCAGUCCUCAACGCUGAAAAGGAAAGGAGGUAAGAAGGAAGGAAAGGAGGAGGGGAAGGGGGAAGGAGGGGAGAAAAAGAAAUGGAGUCUUCAUAGGCCAUCAGGUUACCGUGAAACCACAUUAGAAUAGGGUGGACUCUAAUUCAACAUGGCCAUGUCUUUAAGAAAAGGGAAACAUUGGAUGCAGACACAGAGAUUACCAACUGAAGGUGAUGGCAGAGAACGAAGUAUGCUUUUACAUCCCAAGGAAUGCCAAAGUUUGUUAGCAACCAUCUGGAGCUGAAGGGAGGCCUGGAGCCAUGUCUUCUUAACAGCCUCCCAGGGAGUCCAUCUUUGCACACCAGGACCUUGGAUUUCUGAUCUUCAGAACUGUGACAGAACGAAUUUCUGUUGUUCUAACCUCCUCAGCCAGGGAGCUCUUUGUCACAGCAGCUGGGAGAAACUCAGACAGGAAGAUCAUGCUUUGUUUUCU